CGAAGUAUGGAGACGAACACAGUUGUUUUUCGGUUGUUACGUUCGGCGGUUGUGGUCCGCGGGUUCUACAGAAGUUGCUCAAUUUUUCUUUUUAUAUAAAAAAUGUGCUAAAAAAUGAAAAAUAAUGUGCAUUUUUAACAGAAUCCUAAACAUAAAUAAGUGUCUUACAAAUAAUAACAUUUAAAUUUGGUCAAAUAAUGUUAUAUAAGAUUCUAUUAGUAAAACUAUAUGUAUGAAUAAAAAAUCGAUGAGUGCGUAGAAAGUGCUGAAAAAAUGUGGACAUGAAAAAAAUUCGGCAAUAAAAAUGCAAAUAAAAAAUUAUAUGCUUUAUUAAUAACAUUAACGGUUUUUUGUUUUAAUUGUUGUUAUAUUAUUUGUUUUGUUGUAGUAAAUGCUAAUACUAAACAACAAAAAAAUUUGCUUCACAAAAUUUGUAGUGAAGAUUAUUAACCUUUAACGUUUAACGUACACAACUCUCAUACACCCACACACACAAUGUCAUAUACAGAGCUCGAAUCAGGUUAUAAGGACUUACGUCAAUCCGCCCAGGCACAGGCACAAGCACAAUCGCAGCAAGUCAUCAUGAGUGAACGCACAAAUCAGCGGCCAGGAUUCUAUUUAGGCUGUGAUGGAAAUGGUGACACUGAUUUAUGUGAAAGUACUGAUGGCAUGGAUUCGGAUUGUAGUACAUCUUCCAAUUCAGGAAAACAAGUUGUGGUCGGUAUAUGUGCCAUGGCAAAAAAGACUCAAUCAAAGCCCAUGAAGGAGAUUCUAACGCGUUUGCAGGAAUUCGAAUUUAUCAAAAUGCUUAUUUUUGAAGAGGAUGUUAUAUUGAAGGAACCUGUUGAAAAUUGGCCAAUAUGCGAUUGUCUUGUUUCAUUCCAUUCGAAAGGAUUUCCGUUGGAAAAAGCCAUACAAUAUGCGCAACUAAGAAAACCUUUUGUACUUAACAAUUUACAUAUGCAAUAUGAUAUACAAGAUCGUCGCAGAGUUUACGCCAUUUUGCAAAAGGAGGGCAUUGAAAUACCGCGGUAUGCAGUACUUGAUCGAGACUCACCAGAUCCAAAACAACAUGAGUUGAUCGAAUCUGAAGAUCAUGUGGAAGUCAAUGGUAUUAUUUUCAACAAACCUUUUGUGGAAAAACCAGUUUCAGCUGAAGAUCACAACAUAUACAUCUACUAUCCAACGUCUGCUGGUGGUGGCAGUCAACGUUUGUUCAGAAAGAUUGGUAGCAGAAGUAGUGUUUAUUCACCUGAAUCUCGUGUUCGUAAAACUGGUUCCUUUAUAUAUGAAGAUUUCAUGCCUACUGAUGUGUACUUUUCAGGUACGGACGUUAAGGUGUACACAGUAGGUCCAGAUUACGCGCAUGCAGAGGCUCGCAAAAGUCCAGCUCUUGACGGUAAAGUGGAACGCGAUAGCGAAGGUAAAGAGAUACGUUAUCCUGUGAUUCUAAACCACGCUGAGAAGCUUAUUUCACGAAAGGUGUGCUUGGCCUUUAAACAAACCGUUUGCGGUUUUGAUUUGUUAAGAGCUAAUGGUAAAUCGUAUGUUUGCGAUGUAAAUGGAUUUAGUUUUGUAAAGAAUUCUAACAAAUAUUAUGACGAUUGUGCCAAGAUUUUGGGCAAUAUGAUCUUACGUGAAUUAACCCCCACACUACAUAUACCUUGGUCAGUACCAUUUCAAUUGGACGAUCCACCCAUUGUUCCUACUACUUUUGGCAAAAUGAUGGAAUUGCGUUGUGUUGUGGCAGUGAUUAGACACGGUGAUCGCACACCUAAACAGAAAAUGAAAGUAGAAGUGAGACAUCCAAAAUUCUUUGAAAUAUUUGAAAAAUAUGAUGGUUAUAAGCACGGACAUGUCAAGUUAAAACGACCUAAACAAUUACAAGAAAUAUUAGAUAUAGCACGCUUUUUAUUAGCUGAAAUACAAACCAAAGCUGCCGAUGUUGAAAUAGAAGAAAAACAAAAUAAGUUGGAGCAGUUGAAGAGUGUCUUGGAAAUGUAUGGUCACUUUUCUGGCAUUAAUAGAAAAGUACAAAUGAAGUACCAACCAAAAGGCCGUCCAAGAGGUUCUAGUUCCGAUGAUGGUAAUACUGUAAAGCAUUUAGAUGCACCGAAGGAGCCGUCGCUGGUAUUAAUUUUGAAAUGGGGUGGAGAGUUAACACCAGCAGGUCGUAUACAAGCUGAAGAGCUAGGUAGAAUAUUUCGUUGCAUGUAUCCUGGUGGUCAAGGUAGACAAGAUUACUCAGGCACUCAAGGUUUAGGUUUACUAAGAUUGCAUUCUACAUUUCGACAUGAUUUGAAAAUUUAUGCCUCCGAUGAGGGUCGAGUACAAAUGACCGCUGCAGCGUUUGCCAAGGGUUUACUUGCCUUGGAAGGUGAACUAACGCCUAUUUUAGUGCAAAUGGUAAAAAGUGCAAAUACAAAUGGUUUACUAGAUAAUGAUUGCGAUUCUAGUAAAUACCAAAAUAUGGCCAAAAAUCGUUUACAUGAAUUAAUGCAAAAUGAUCGUGAUUUCACACGUGAAGAUCGUGAAGCAAUUAAUCCAGGAAACAGUAUAUCAAUUAAUCAAGCUUUGGACUUUGUAAAAAAUCCAGUCGCCUGUUGCAAUUAUGUGCACAAAUUAAUAAAAGACUUGCUCGCUAUAAUAAGUGUUAAAAAGGAUGACACAAAAACGAAAGAUGCUAUACUUUACCAUGGCGAAACUUGGGAUUUAAUGGGUCGCCGUUGGGAAAAAAUUGAAAAAGAUUUUAGCACCAAAUCAAAAUUAUAUGAUAUAUCCAAAAUUCCAGAUAUAUACGAUUGUAUUAAAUACGAUUUACAACAUAAUCAACACACAUUGCAAUAUGAUCAAGCCGAAGAACUUUACAUUUAUGCAAAAUAUUUGGCAGACAUUGUAAUACCUCAGGAAUAUGGUCUGACCAUUAAUGAAAAACUAACUAUAGGACAAGGCAUAUGUACACCUUUACUUAAGAAAAUUAAAGCUGAUUUGCAAAGAAAUAUUGAAGAAGUUGAUGAUGAGUCUGUAAAUAGAUUAAAUCCACAUUAUAGUCAUGGUGUUGCAAGUCCAGGUAGACACGUACGUACACGUUUAUAUUUCACUAGUGAAAGCCAUGUACACUCAUUACUAACUGUAUUACGUUAUGGUGGAUUACUGAAUGUAUUGACUGAUGAACAAUGGCGACGUGCUAUGGAUUAUAUAUCUAUGGUUUCUGAACUUAAUUAUAUGUCACAAAUUGUCAUAAUGUUGUAUGAAGAUCCGACUAAAGAUCCAACAUCAGAAGAGCGUUUUCAUGUUGAGUUGCAUUUUAGUCCUGGUGUUAACUGUUGUGUUCAGAAAAACUUACCACCCGGUCCUGGUUUUCGACCACACUCUCGCAACGAUUCCGCAAAUCAAAGAAUUUCGGGUUCUGAAGAUACUCUUAUCAAUCCACCACGAAUUGAUGAGGAAAACGAUACAGAUGAAAGUCCAGUUAAGACUCAUGUAGAUUUUUCUCCGGAAGAGAAGAGCGUUCUGUGUGCACUACCUAAUACUGAACUGUCUUCCAAACGUCUUAAAUCGGCGCCAAUACCAAUCGGUUCACACCAUACAGUUUGUGGUCACGAGGCCAGUGAUCUUGCCAAACGUUUGAAUGAAGAACUCGCUUCUCAGCAACAAGCCAAACAGUCCGGUUCAUUGGAAGCAGAACAUACUAGUGACGCCGAUAUGCGUUCGCGUAGUUUCGAUCAACGUCAACAAAAAACCAAAGUUCUAGAACAAAGCACAGUUUGUCCGCUUAAAGCAAUAAACUAUAAAGAAUUCAAAGAAAUACCCAUAAUGCGUGCUUCUAAUCUUAAUCAUGCUUCGCAAAUACGCGUCACAGACAAUCUUACUUUGUACAAAAUAGAUUCGUCAACCAAUGAGUUACCUUUAUCUGAUAUUGAUUUUUCGCAAAAUCCAUCCACACCUGAUGUACCCUCAAAUGCAGAGAGCAAGCGCCUUAAACUUUUAGCUAUGCAACGCAUGGAAAGCAGUGACGAGCCUGAUUACGUUAAACGUAUUCAGCAUCUCCCGAAAAUUUCACCACUUGCCACUAAUGAGCGUCCAUUAUCUUGCAAUUGUCUUGGUGGUGGUGUUUUCGAAGAUCAUUCACCACACUCUCAUUCUAAGAGUUUAGCAGAAAUUUAUACAAGUAAUAAUAAUGAAUUAACAUUUGGAAUUGGAAAUUUCACUAUGACAUCCUUUGAAGAUUAUUUGCAAAUUUCUUGUUCAGCACCUGCUAUUGUUCUAAAUUCUGAAUUUCGGUUACGUGAAAAACCUUCAAAGAUUUCCUUACUCAAAAUUGGGGAAUCACAUGCUAAUUCUCCCACAGCUUCCACACUUAAAUUAUGUAAAGAUCUCGAGGACUCACAACUACAUAAGAAUAUUUUAAAAGAUAAUUUAAAUACCAAAUGUAACACUUUUUCGACCUUACAUACAGUGCAUUCGGCACCAAUCAUUGUAGAUAUGUCAAAUCCAUUUAAAUUUCCACCAAAUACUAAUUUGUUUGUAAAUCAAUUUGCUCCGAUUGCUGAAAUUUCUACGCAAGCUACUAAUGCUAAUAUAUUUACAACUAAUACCACCACCACAACCACAACCACAACCACAACCUCAUCCACUAAUGUUGACUUACCAACAACAUCGUCAAACAAAAAUCGUUUUUCUCCUUAUUAUCAUAAACCUCAUCAUCAUCAUGACCAUGCUCAUCAAUAUCAUCAACAUAAUCUCGAUCACGACAAUUCAUCGCAUAAUAAAUAUCAUGCUCAUCACUCACCUAAUGUUCCAAAUGUUAUUGUCACAUUAACUUCAUCAACUACCGAUUUGUCUAAUUUGCCUGAUUCUAACCUGAAAAAUUUUAAAAUCUCCACCCACACCCAUACCUAUACCCAUACCCAUACCCACACCCACGUCCACAACCAUACCAACAACCACAAUUUUGUCCAUACCACAAAAAUUAACAAACCCAAUUGUUCCUACACCCACAUCAACACACCGCCCAAUUCCAUUUCUGCUACUACCACCGUAGAUGGUAAUGCUGCCUCAUCGGUAACCUCUGCAUCGUCGUGUGCGUCGGUAUCGAGUCGACGUCAAAGACACAGUAUUGCCGGCCAGAUGUCAUAUAUGAAGAUGCUAGGAUUUGGUGGUUUUAGUAAAAAGAUGGCCACUAGCUCAAAUAGUCUAUUUAGUACGGCGGUUAUAAGUGGAAGUUCAUCAGCACCAAAUUUACGUGAUAUGAUACCAGGCACAGUUUCAUCAUCAGUUUUAGAAGGUUUUGGUGGUGUUCCACCCAUACGCCCACUUGAGACACUACACAAUGCUUUAUCACUUAAACAGCUUGAUAGUUAUCUACAAAAGAUGACAGCUAGUGCGCUCAAGACUCCAGCUUCUUCACCACCAAAAAAUCCAUCCACACCAGUUCCAACAGCAAGUAAUUCGUUAACGGAUGGAACAGAACUUAAAGAAACAACGCCAACAAAUCAAAGCUGUCCAUGCUGUACUCUACCAAGUAAUCAAGUUCUUGGUAAAUGCAAUUUUUGCGGUUAUCUCAUGCCGGAAAAUGUGAAUAGACCAAAAACAUCAAUAUCUGCAGCAGGUGCUACCGUUCCACCAGCUGUUGGCUCCAACACACAGAAUAUUUGGAGCAAACAGUCAAGCUUAGCAAGUAGCACUGAACCAUCUUCACCGGCAGUAUCCGAUAGUUACUCGCAUGGAACCCCAAGCGGAGAAAUGUCUAUCAGUUUGACUAGCACCGAAGGCUUUAAUAUAUUACCCGCGGCUGAAGAGUUGGCGAAAUUCUUUCCACAGUUAGACGACGACUUAAAUUCGGUUACCGUCUAUACACCUAUGAAUGCAGAUACAUUGGAUGUUGAUGCUGAUUCAGUGUUCCUAUCAAGUAGCAGCGGCAGAGGUGAUAAAAGUGCUUGCCUUACGCCAGUUAGCUUCGGCAUGGAUAUCAGUAUGAUAGCAAACAAAGGUUCCAUGACACUGUCAGUUGAUGGUUUCGACGAUGAAGAUGAGACCACAUUAUCAGCUGCCACUACGCCUUCAUUACCCACGGAUGACAUUAAAUUGGAAACUUGUUACUGCUGUCCCACACAUGCUGAGCAAGGACAGCCCCCAGAUUGUGAAUUUGAUAAUGAUAUAUUUAAAUUACCAGAACCAUUAAAAAUUCCAGAAACAAAAAUCAUUAGUUCCUCCCCAGAUAAAUAUGAUCCACCACCGACACUGACUUUGCAUGAUGACACUGAAAACAGUCUAAGUCAUAAUGCACAUAAAAUUUCCAUACGCAAAGCAAGUGAUCCCGUUUCACCGAGAAUACAAAAGCAAAUAAGUCUCUUUGAGAGCGGUGACUUUGAGCGUCAGAAAGAAAUCUCCACAUUACAUGCUUCUAUAAAUAUACCAGCUUCAACACAACAACUCAAACAAGAUGAACGUUUGCGUAAAUUUGAGAAUCUAACGCAAUCCACUUCAAAUUCCAAUUUUCCUUUUGAGAGUAACACCUUAAAGAGAGUCACUCAUAAUGCUGCCGACUUUGUCGAUGUUACACAUACACAAUCGUGCAUAAAUUUAAAGAGUUCUUUGGGUGCCUCACCGUCUUCGUCUGUGUCAGGUUCGCCGCAACAUAAAAGCAAAUAUAAAACAGUAGCUCAAUCCUGUUGCAUAGUGACUACAGAUGCAGCAUCCGAACACUCACAUCCAGGUGCGAUUGUUGUUAAGGAAAAAUUUAUAGAACCUCCAAAGCGCAUAGCGCGUGGUUUUCAUGAAAAAACACAAUCGAUGGAUGCAGAUUUUUUAUUUAAUGAAUUUCUUCUGGUGCCGGCACGUUCUGCAGUUCCACUUCCACAUUCGUCCAGUAGCGGUACGAGUAGUGCUAGCACAUCACCAUCAUCGCGACCAAAUUCCAGAUUUAUAGCUACUAAAGUAGUUGACGAUAUGGCCGUAUUGGGCAGUAAAUAAAUAGAUAAAUUGUCUUUAAGAUGACACAAAAUAUGAAAUAUC